UUCUUCUUCUAUUGCGGCGCAUUGAAACCCUAGUUUAAACACAGAACAUCAAUCUUCAACAUCUAGUCGUCUUUGAAUCCUCUCUCUGUAAGCUCGAGGCGGCGGCGAUGGGCUACUCUCCGAUACCCAUCGUCUUCUCCACAUGAAAUUCAAUCCUUUUUCUCUAUACCCUAAACCCUAUUUCUCUUUCUUCACCAGAAUCAAACAUCUUCCCCUCCUUCCAAACCCUUCUUUAUCAUCAAUGGCCGCUUCGAUAACAACCCAAAUCGCCCUUCCCUCUGAAUCUCCCGAUCUCGACGACUGCCUUUGCGCCGGAUCUCCUCACUUGACCAUCGAAGAUGAUCAGAAAUCAUUCCAAGAAUCGGAUAACAGCAACUCUAAUUUAACAAGCCCUAGUCGAUCCCUCAUCGUCAGCGGCGAAUCGAGGAUUGAGCGAGCCUGGGCACACUGGAAGAAUCUAGGACAACCCAAGUUGAUUGUAGCGCCGAUGGUGGAUAAUUCCGAGUUACCAUUCCGUAUGCUCUGUAGGAAAUACGGCGCAGAAGCUGCUUAUACUCCGAUGCUUCACUCCCGUAUCUUCUCCGAGAACGAGAAGUAUCGUUCUCAGGAGUUCACCACGUGCAAGGAAGAUCGUCCAUUAUUUGUUCAAUUCUGCGCAAAUGAUCCUGAUACCUUGUUAGAAGCAGCUAGAAGAGUUGAGCCUUACUGUGACUACGUUGAUCUUAACUUAGGUUGUCCACAGCGUAUUGCAAGGAGAGGGUAUUAUGGAGCUUUUCUAAUGGACAAUCUUCCUCUUGUUAAAUCGCUAGUAGAAAAACUGUCUUCCAACCUAACAGUCCCAAUCUCUUGCAAGAUCCGAGUUUUUCCAGAUUUACAAGAUACAAUAAACUAUGCCAAAAUGUUGCAGGAAGCUGGUUGUUCACUCUUAGCAGUUCAUGGACGAAGAAGAGAUGAAAAGGAUAUGAAGAAAUUCCGUGCGAAUUGGGAUGUGAUCAAGGCGGUUAAAGAAGCAGUUCAAAUCCCUGUUCUUGCAAAUGGGAAUGUAAGACACAUGGAGGAUGUUGAUAGCUGUUUGAGGGAAACUGGAGUAGAGGGUGUUCUUUCGGCUGAGUCUUUAUUGGAGAAUCCGGCUUUGUUUGCUGGUUUUCGAACUAGUGGAUGGGCAAUGAAUGGUGGGAAUGAGAUAGAUAGGGGUCUUGAUCAGGGUGAGUUGGUUGUUGAGUAUUUGAAGCUCUGUGAGAAGUAUCCUGUUCCAUGGAGAAUGAUACGUUCUCAUGUUCAUAAGCUUCUUGGUGAAUGGUUUAAAAUUCAUCCGGAAAUAAGAGAGGAUUUGAAUCAACAGUCGAUUCUGACGUUUGAGUUUCUUUAUGGUUUGGUUAAUCGAUUGAGACAAAAGGGUACAAGGAUACCACUCUACCAUACAAAACAGUCUACUGAAAAUGGAGCUAUUAGUAGUGCUGCUGCAUAAUAUACAGAUUCGUUGACACAACCAUUCAUUGACAAAACUUAGGUAUGUAUGCUGGUUUUUAUGAAUUCUUCCAUUUUUGUUGUAUUUUAUUUCUUCUUCAAUCAUUGCAUGAAUAAAAAAACUUGAUAAAACUUCAAUUUCAUAUAAUUAAAUAGCUAAAUUUCUCUGUUUUAUGUCCAACAACAAAACAUAAAUCUUGAAGAACAAUAUAUCAUAGAAUGAUAUCCAAUGUUUUUAUUUUCCCCACUA